CCUUUCUCAUUUCAGUGACGCCCUUCUCCCGUAUACUUUGGCGAAGAGAAUCCUCUCUCUCUCUCUCUCUCUCUCUCCUUUCGCUUAUUUUCGCUAUCUCCUCAUCCCUAUCCUUUCAUCUUUUACCACCCAUUUCAUGAACCCGUUGCGGCUCCAUUAGAGAAUCCAGGGAUCUCAUUGCUCAGAAUGGGAAGAAAGCCUCGGUAUUCCACACUGAAAAGGAGCUCGGAGGUGUUCAGGCAAGAGCUUGGGUCUCACGACAUCAGAUUAUUUUAAGAAUCACGAGGGAGCAUAUUUCUUCCAGUUAAAUUUGAGAUGUUUUUAUUCUCGAAUCGGAAAAAUGUCAUCUUGAUUCGUCUCAAUCGGGAAAACCCUUGUUCUUUGUGUUUUGCUGCUUGAGUGGUUGGCUUUGGCAGGGAGGUUGAUAAGGGAUUACAAGUUUCGGAUUGAGAUUGGGUAGGGCAAUUGACCUGCCAGUGUUCUUACGUGGGGCUGUUUCUUUGUAAUCGCUGUCCUUGCAAUUUUUUAUUAUUCGGUCAAUUGAUCAGAAUUUUUUUUUUAAUUCCCAUCGAAGAAAGCUGUGGUCUGAGAAUAACGGUAUCUGUUCCUUGCUAGAGAUAUGGACGGGGCUGUUUUUAUUGCCAUAGCAGCCACUAUUGGAAACCUGUUGCAGGGUUGGGACAAUGCUACGAUUGCAGGAGCUGUUAUCUACAUUAAAAGGGAGUUUGAAUUACAAACAGAGCCUACUAUCGAAGGUUUAAUUGUAGCCAUGUCACUUAUUGGCGCUACGAUUAUAACUACAUUCUCAGGACCUGUUUCAGAUUGGUGUGGCAGGCGCCCUAUGCUUAUCUUGUCAUCAUUACUAUAUUUUAUUAGUGGCUUGGUGAUGCUAUGGUCUCCAAAUGUUUACAUCUUACUCCUUGCGAGGCUCAUUGAUGGGUUUGGAGUUGGCUUGGCUGUUACGCUUAUUCCUGUGUAUAUUUCUGAGACUUCCCCACCUGAGAUCAGAGGGCAGUUAAAUACACUUCCACAGUUUUGUGGCUCAGGAGGAAUGUUUUUGUCUUACUGUCUCGUGUUUGCGAUGUCUCUUAUGGCGAAUCCUAACUGGAGAGUGAUGCUUGGAGUUCUCUCCAUUCCUUCCCUAGUAUAUUUGGCAUUAACAAUAUUCUUCCUGCCCGAGUCGCCUAGGUGGCUUGUUAGCAAAGGGAGAAUGUUAGAGGCUAAAAAGGUUCUGCAACAGCUUCGUAGAAGGGAAGAUGUCUCAGGAGAGAUGGCUCUUCUUGUGGAAGGCCUAGGUGUUGGGGUGGAUACAUCGAUUGAGGAGUACAUCAUUGGUCCUGCUAAUGAAAUCAUUGAUGACCAGGAAUAUAUUGCUGAUAAGGAGCAAGUUACACUCUAUGGUCCUGAAGAGGGUCUCUCAUGGGUCGCCCGUCCUGUAAAGGGUCAAAGUGUCCUUGGAAGCAUCCUUGGCGUUGUUUCUCGCCAUGGUAGCAGCUUGGAGAAUCAGAGCAGCAUUUCUCUCGUGGAUCCUCUGGUUACUCUCUUUGGUAGUGUCCAUGAAAAGCUGCCUGUUCCUGAGAUGGGAAGCAUGAGAAGCACUCUAUUUCCCAACUUUGGUAGUAUGUUCAGUGUUACUGGGCCUAAAAUUGAGCACUGGGAUGAGGAGACUGGCCAAAGAGAGGGUGAUGACUAUGCAUCUGAUGCAGCAGGAGGAGAUUCUGAUGACAAUUUACAUAGUCCACUCAUCUCUCGCCAGACGACAAGCAUGGAAGGGAAGGACAUUGCACCUCCACAUGCAGCUCAUGGAAGUGUAUUGAGCAUGAGGAGGAAUAGUAGUCUUAUGCAAGGUGGGGGUGAGGCUGUGAGUAGCAUGGGCAUUGGUGGUGGCUGGCAACUGGCUUGGAAAUGGUCAGAGCGUGAUGGAGAAGAUGGAAAGAAGGAAGGAGGUUUUAAGAGAAUCUAUCUGCACCAAGAGGGGGUGCCUGGUUCAAGGAGGGGUUCUCUUCUUUCACUGCCAGGCCAAGAAGUUCCAGAAGAUUCUGAAUUUAUUCAGGCUGCGGCUUUGGUGAGCCAACCUGCUUUGUAUUCUAAGGAGCUGAUAGAGCAGCAUCCUGUUGGGCCAGCAAUGGUUCAUCCAUCGGAAACAGUUGCGAAGGGAUCUAUAUUGACUGAUCUUCUUGAACCUGGUGUCAAGCAAGCACUGAUUGUAGGUGUUGGGAUCCAAAUUCUACAGCAGUUCUCAGGUAUAAACGGUGUUCUAUAUUACACCCCUCAGAUUCUUGAACAAGCAGGUGUAGCAGUGCUCCUCAAAAACUUUGGACUUGGCUCUGAUUCAUCGUCUAUCCUCAUCAGUUCUCUUACUACCCUGUUGAUGCUUCCUGCUAUCGGUGUUGCUAUGAGAUUAAUGGAUAUCUCUGGGAGAAGGUUUCUACUCCUGUCCACCAUCCCAAUCCUGAUUUGUGCGCUCCUUGUACUGAUCAUAGCCAAUCUGAUCAAACUUGGGAUGGUGCUUCAUGCUGUGCUCUCAACAAUUAGCGUCAUUGCCUAUUUCUGCUGCUUUGUCAUGGGUUUUGGCCCAGUCCCCAACAUUCUUUGCGCAGAGAUUUUCCCCACCAGGGUCCGCGGAGUCUGCAUCGCCAUCUGCGCCCUCGUCUUCUGGAUCGGCGACAUCAUAGUCACAUACUCCCUACCUGUGAUGCUCAACAGCAUCGGCCUCGCCGGCGUCUUCGGGAUUUACACAGUUGUCUGUGUUAUCUCCUUCAUCUUCGUCUUCCUUAAGGUUCCUGAGACCAAGGGAAUGCCCCUUGAGGUUAUCACAGAGUUCUUCGCAGUUGGUGCAAAGCAGAAGCAGCAGGCGAAGCAAUUAUCUGCUGCUGCAAAUUGAUGAGAGGGAAUGUGGAAAGCUAGUAUGUUAAUAAUGGUGAUGGUGAUUAUAAGAUAAGGGAAGAGGAGGAUGAAGUAUAGUUAAGAGAAAGGAAUGGAGCCAUCGUUAUCAGAGGCUUUCUAUUCGUUUUAUGCUGUGAAAUUUGUUCUUUAUAAGGUUUAGUACUGUGAUGAUGGAUAUUUCCUUUUUGCUGUUUCAUCUGUAAUGUUUUAAUGUGGAGAUGCUAUUGUUUUUAUGGUACCAGCUGAUGUUGAUGUAAUAAGAUGGACAGUUAGAAAUGCCUUAAUGUGAGAAAUUAUGCACUUUCAAUAUCAGAGCAUGAGCACUUCUCAUACUAGGCAAAAAUUAUGAAUAGUCUCAUGUAAUAAGAAGCUGUGAUAGACAUGAAAUAUUAAAAAUGUGUUAGAUA